AUGUACCCUUUCCAGCAAUAUUCGCAAGUCCCUCCUUCCGUUCCUUCCAAUCUUCCUUCAGCCCAACCUGCUCCUCAGUCGUCUCAACAGCCAACAGGCCAAGCCCUCGCUGCACAGCGUACGACUCAAUUAAUCGCAGGUCAAUUCCCACCAGUGCAGGCUGAACAGCAGUACCCGGCUCAGCAGCCCCAGCCCCAUUUCUCGCCUCCGCCUACCCAGUCCCAGUUCCAGAUCCAACAAACCCAAUUCCCACCUACCCCACAGUUUUCUCAGAGUCAGGCUCAGGCCAGGCCGCAGAGUCAGUUCUCGCAACCCCAUCAUCCUCAUGUUCCAACGCAAUCGCAUGCACACCCUCAUGUCCCUGCGCACGCCCAACCUCAACCUCAGGUCCACACCCCUCCGAAUCCACCCCAACAGUCUCAACACUAUUCGGGACCAUCAGAUUCGUAUUACCUUCAGAGCGAUAUGUAUUAUGCGAUGAAUACGCAGGGGAGUCAGAGUGCGCCUAGUCUUGUGAGUGUCUUCCUGCUUCUUUUUGGUUUUGGGCUUUGGGACGUAUUUUUGGAUGGCGGCGGACACGUACUCCCCCUAUGCCUUGUUCUUUUUUUGGGAUAUGCCGGUUUGGACGGGAUGACGUUCAUAUACGCGCCCGUGCAUGGGCACUCCCCCUAUAUUUUGCGCCUCGUUAUCGUUCCAUCUUUGAUCGUAAUGGGAUAG